CGCCGGCUCCAGUUUCUCCAGUAGCGCUCACUUCACGAGCUCAGGGCAUCGCCGGCCCAGCAUGCAUUUGUAGAGUACUUGUGUGCUGCUAUAGCCAUUUGCUUUGGCUACUGUCAUUUAGUAUGCAAAAUAUUUUCCUAAAGACACUGAUAAAACACACAGGUGAAAAAUCAAGGUGAUUUACAAAGAUGAGGAGUAAGUGCUGUGUUGUUUAAGUCUCUCGUCGUGAUGUGUGUUUUGUUUUCUAUUUUUCUUUUUAAUCCCAGCCCCCGUCCCGCAGGAGGCCUUUUGCCUUCUGGUAUGCCGUCAUUGUAAAUAAGAAUGUGUUCUUAACUGACUUGCCUAGUUAACGGUUUAAAAAAAAGAGGGAGUGCGGUGAACUGAAGAAUCGUUGUGGAAUCUGAAAAGAAAGUUAUCCCGAAAGCCUUAUCGUGUACUUGCUACGUGCAAAUGCUAACAAAAAAAACGAGAUGGGUAGCUAGCUAGGUGUGUCAUUGUAGGAAAGUAUUUAUAAUCUAAAAAUCAGAUUAAGCUUCGUUAAUUUUUGUUCUAUUAUCUAUACAAUAGGCCAUCAAUGAUUUUUGGCCCAAUAUGCCUGGCAUAUUACCUCUUGCAAGGAGCUUUCCGUUUUGAUAGGGUUAUUUUACCUAAAAUCCUUUAGGCCUACCUACAGAAAAAAACACAUACUCAUCCCUGCCCAGCCUGGCAAGAGUGUCCCAAGGGUGUUUAGCAUUCCCAGUGGCUCUGCAAGCACUGAGCGCAUAUUCUCCGCUGCUGGCAUGUUCUCUAGGCACCAUCACCCGAAGACACAGACUCAAGCCAAACUCAUGUUUCUAAAAAUGAAUUCAAAGGGACUGUAGCUGGAGCCUAAUAAGGCAUUUUUCGUUUCAUUUGAUUUUAAUUCUAAGUAAGUCACAGCCUAGAUGUGCAAUUUAUAGACUAUAAUGAUUUAAUACAACGAAAUGUUAUUUAAAUGCUGAGGCUUAAUGUCCGACAUCCUAGUGUGUCGCACUCACAAAUGCUUUACGAUGUAUUGUAUUUCUUUGUAGACUAUAGCCUUGAAAUAAUAUAGCCUAAAUAAUUCAUUUUCGUUCGUUCUUAGGCUACUUGUUUGGCUCCUGACAUAUUUAGAGUGUUUAUAUGCUGUUUAAUAUGACAUGUAACCAAUUUCAAAUGAUGACAACAUUUUCCGGUUGUUUAUUAAAAUACUUAUAAUUGAAAUCAUAUGGUUUGGUUUCAAUACUUCGAAACCAAAUAGUAGAUUCUGGUAGUCAUAAAAAUACAUAGGCCUACUCUGUCCUGAACAUGUCCCAGUAGCCGGUCUCGCCCCUAGCGGGUGGAUCCUCCUCAAGAGGAGAAGAUUAUAAAAACUCAGGUGCAUCGCUCCAGAGCUCACACGCGCAGCUUUCUCAGUUGGACUUGCUUCCAAACAAAUCACACUACUCUUCUACGUUUGGAGUUACUUGACAAGAUGGCGUUAAAGAGCACCGAAAACUGAAGUUGAUGGAAGUUUGCUGAUAUUCCAGGAAAGUGGGAGGUGGUCUCAGACAAAGUUGCCUUAGAGAUGAGUUGGGUUGCUCUGUACACCCAGCUGGGCGGGGUGAACAAACACUCCACCAGCCUGGGGAAGAUCUGGCUGUCUGUCCUCUUCAUCUUCCGUAUCACCAUCCUGGUACUGGCUGCAGAGAGCGUGUGGGGAGACGAGCAGGCUGACUUCACCUGCAACACCCAGCAGCCCGGCUGCAAGAACGUCUGCUACGACCACUUCUUCCCAGUGUCACACAUCCGCCUCUGGUGCCUACAGCUGAUCUUCGUGUCCACACCGGCCCUGCUGGUGGCCAUGCAUGUGGCUUACAGGAAGAGUGGGGACAAGCGGCACAUCAUCGCGGCCUCACGAAGCGGUGGUGAUGACAAGACCAGGCAGGUGGACCUGGAGACUCUAAAGAGGAGGCGUCUGUCCAUCACUGGGCCUCUGUGGUGGACGUACACCUGCAGCCUGUUCUUCCGCCUCAUCUUUGAGGCUGGCUUCAUGUAUGCACUCUACUUUGUCUACGACGGCUUCCAGAUGCCUCGUCUGGUGAAGUGUGAGCAAUGGCCCUGCCCCAACAAGGUGGACUGCUUCAUUUCACGACCUACGGAGAAGACCAUAUUCACUAUCUUCAUGGUGGUCUCCUCUGCCAUCUGCAUGGUGCUCAAUGUGGCUGAGCUGGCCUACCUCAUCGCCAAGGCCCUGAUGAGGUGCUCCAACAGGAUUUCUAAGAAGAACCGUGCCUAUGCUCACCCUGAUCAUGUGGCCCCGGACAAGUCUCUACUACAGAAUAAAAAGAAUCAGAUGCUGCUGUCGUCUGUUACCGAUUCCUCCAGCAACAAAACUGUGUGAGGACAGCCCAGUGCCUGUUCUUUUCCAUUAGAGACUACACAUAACUAGGGAAUAGAAAUCUAUCAGUGUUUUGUUACCAUUAGAUGAGACCAUACUUGUAUUCUAGAUGCCUGUAGCAGCUGAGGACCGGCCUAACCCCGAGUCUGCUCAUGUAGAGGAUAUUUCUCUCUCAGUGCCCUAAACUACUUUUAGAGUUCUAAAAGUUUUAACGUGCUAGAAUUUUAAUGUAUUGUUAUUGAUAUCAAUUUAAGGUGCUUGUAUGUUCAGGGAGUGAGAGGUUGAACAGAAGUGAAAAAUGGGUCUAGAGUGCCACCUUCUGGUUUACAAUGUGUGUGCAGGAGUUUGAUGUUUUAUUUGUGGAGAGCAACCAGAAUUGGUUAACAUUGUGUUUGUUCAGUUUUUGUGGGAGACUUUUCCAAAGCAGAAACUCACAAAUGUGCAGUAUAGCUCCAAGUUCUAUUUGAGGAUCACCUGUGUACACACAUCUGCCUGCAUUCUAACAGUGAUGAGUGAAAUUUCACAAGUACCAAAGCAAUUUUAAGAUGCAGUGCCUUAAGAGAGUCGCUAUCAGCAGUGUCAAAUAGUACCUGAUGCUGUAUAUUGAACACAAUGUUUUCAGGGAAGAUGGCUGAUCCAGUUGAACAUUCUGGGCACGUUUCCUGGACCCAGAUGAAGCCUAUGCCUAGACUAGAAGGCAUGCUCAAUUAGGAAUAUUAAUUGGAAAGUGCUUUUUGGUCCAAGAGUAGGCUUAAGCUGAGUCCUGGAAACUGGCCCUCUGAGCAUUAUGCCAACUGUGACAGACAUGGCCUAUUGUGGUCAAGACUGGUGGUAAACCUGGCUACAGAUCCUAACUGGGGGUGUUGUCUUUCAGCUUGUUGCUUAUUUUAGCGACUGAACUAAUCAGUGUACCUCUUUUAAUGUGAGUAAGCAGACUGAUCUACAGGCAAAAAUGGCUUAAUGUGCUCUGUCCAAAAAUACAUGUAGAAGUUGGAACACCAUAACUUGUAUCACUGUAGUGACAAUCUGACUGUUCCCUGGGAAGACGUAAGGACAGUUUUACCAGUUAGAUGCAUCCCACACAUUUUGUGAUGGCUCAUGAUUUGGACAUUGUCAUGGAAAGCAAACUGUAGGCUAACUAUCUCUCAAUAUUCAGUUGUUGAGGUGCUAUUUUUAUAUUGUGAUUGUUUAGAGGAAAUGCAAAAGGAUAUCUGUAAAUGCAACAUUUUGAAAGCCUCAAUGGUCACACUUCCCUUACAGCAGUUAGGGCAUAUCUAUUAGCUUUCUAACUGCAUAUUAUUUGAAGGAUGUUUGAUUUGUAUUUUUUUUAUUAGCUAUCUGCACUUUGACCCCAGUCUUGAGACUGUUUAAUAAAAAUGUAAAAAAUGA